ACCUGCAGGGGCACAGCUCAAGCAAACUGGGACACAGACAUAAGAAAAAAAAAACUUGAAUUUUUCCAUCUUGCUUUACUUGCUUGGGAUACAAUGUGGAAAGCAGUGGUAAUGGCCGUGUGUUUGCUUGUGGCUGGGGUUGGAGCUCAGCCCAUGGAGGAUCCAACGUAUGGGGUGAAACUCUGUGGCAGAGAGUUUAUUCGAGCAGUCAUCUUCACCUGCGGAGGAUCACGCUGGAAACGAUCACUUAGAAGUCCAGAUGUUUCAGAAGACCCAUUCACCUCCCAUCAAGAUGAGUCUUCAGAGGGCUUGACCUCCAACUUUAUGGUUGAAAACUUCCUUCAAACAACCAAAGACCUCAGCUUCACGCCCCAAAACAACCCUAAUGGUGGGUUCAGCAGGUCCACCCGGUCGUUCAUUACUGAUGAAAUCCUGGAGGCUCUCCGGAAAGCUGACCGCAAAGGCCGGGACGUCGUGGUGGGUCUGUCCAACGCCUGCUGCAAGUGGGGCUGCAGCAAAAGCGAGAUCAGCUCCCUUUGCUGAGGGUUGAUGAAUGAAUGCAUGUGUUAGCAAAUGUUUUACACCCUCCCACAAAUAUGCACACAUACACACAGAAACAUUUUAAUUUUGUUUCAUGUUUGUCAAGAAGUUGAGUCGAAUUAGUAAAUGUGUUCUGUUUUCCGUACUAAAAUGUUUUCAGUGUUUAAAGACAGACAGGAAUAAAUGUACUUUUUUUAUUCCUGAUUAAUGUUUCUGCAACUUUUAAGAACUUUGUGCUACAUUUUGUAAAACUUCAUAAACAGCCUGUCAUGUGAAAGUAGGUCUAAUGUCAUUUGUAGUGUAAAAAUAUUUUCUAUAUGUUUCAUUGAACAAAUGUGAUGUAACAAUUUCCCAUUCAAAACAACAAAACUAUAAAAUGCCUUACUCA